AGAGAGAGAGAGAGAGAGCAUAUACAAAUACAUAGCACAUGACCUUGGUUGAAUAGUUAAGGGUUUUUAUUUUAUUUUUUUUGACGGUUUUUAUUUUAUUUUAUUUUUUUCUCAAAGAGGAGGAGAGGAUGUGGCCCAAGUUGAAAUCUUCUUUCACGAAAGGUGGUUUCUGGAAAUUUUCAAGAGGGAAAUUUCCAAGGGAACACCUCACUAACGUUGGAAACAAGCUAAACGUCAAUGAGGAGUACAUGGAAGCCUUUAGAACAAAGUCAUACACCGAAAUAUGGUCUAAAGUUCAAGGCCAGCUAAGGAGAACAAACGAAGAGCGGCUCUCCUUAUCUCCCAUUCCUUCCUACCUCCACCACCCUGAGUACCUUCUUGAACCCCGGCAGGAAACCUUAAUUGCUGUGAUCAACGGUUGUAACCUCCACUCUCUCAUCCGUGACUACUUCGAAGGCAGCUUGGAAGCCUGCAAGAUCUGUGGCUUCCUCCUCCAAUGCGUCGACCAGACACGCACCAACCACUGUAUAAUUCAACGGGUCCUUAGGGCGACUAAGAGGGUGGCCCGUGAUUACACUAAAGAGCAAUGUACCUACAUAUCAGCGCAGUUGGCUACGUUCGCAAGCCUUGAGAACCCUUUAUCUGGCUCAAGCCAGUUGCAAUUCCAUCAAAUCCAUGAUCUCUACAGUUCAAUGCUAAGACGUCUAACAUCAAAACAUAAGAAGAUCAUGCGACGGGCCAAAUUCGUCAGAUUCUGCAAGAAGGCUUCCUGUGUUAGCCUCACAGUCGCAUGUGGUGCACUCACGAUCGUCAUGCUGGUCGUAGCAGCCCACACGCUCUUUGGUCUUCUAGCCACACCGAUCAUCAUGUGCUCCUCGACUCCGUUCUUGAGACGGAGAAUCCGAACCAGGCGUCCGACGAGGUAUAGAUCUCUCAAGAGACUCGGCAUGCAGCUCGAUGCGGCAGCCAAGGGAGCUUACAUACUCGACCGGGAUUUUGAUACGAUGAGUCGGCUGGCGACGCGGUUGCACGAUGAGAUUGAGCAUAGCAAGGCUGUGAUUGGGAUUUUUUUGAGGAAUGGAAACGGGCACUUGCUGGAAGAGGUAGUGAAUGAGCUUAGAAGCAAUGAAAAUAACUUCCUAGAACAGUUGGGAGAGCUGGAAGAGCAUGUUUACUUGUGUUUUCUUACUAUCAACAGGGCGAGACGGCUUGUUUUCCAAGAGAUAGUAAUGCAACAACAGCAUUAGUGAUAUUUCUAAA